UUUAUACACAGGUCUCUCAGCAGAAACGCUGUCAGCCCCAUCUCCAAGGUCAGCAGGUGGACUUGACCCCUCCUCGGUGCCUAGCCCAGUUGGCAGCUAGCAGAGUGGCAAGACUUGGACUGGCUUUAAGGAGCAGCCAUCUCUAGAGUCAGAUCAGCCAAGAGUGCUGAGAACCGGACUGAGAAUCAGAGGAAACAUGAGCAAUCCUCGGCCUUUGGAGGAGGAGGUAUAUGACAUGUCAGGCGCCCGCUUAGCCCUGACACUGUGCGUCACCAAAGCCCGGGAAGGUUCAGAGGCAGACCUGGAUGCUCUGGAACGCAUGUUCCAGCAGCUGGGAUUUGAGAGCACCAUGAAGAGAGACCCCACCGCCCAGCAAUUCCAGGAAGAGCUGGACAAUUUUCAGCAGGCCAUGGAUGCUCGGGAUGACCCCAUCAGCUGUGCUUUUGUGGUGCUCAUGGCACAUGGGUUAGAAGGUCAACUCAAGGGGGAGGACGGACAGAUGGUGGAACUGGAAAACCUUUUCGAGGUUCUGAACAACAAGAACUGCCGGGCCCUGAGAGCCAAGCCUAAGGUGUACAUCGUGCAGGCCUGUCGAGGAGAACAAAGAGACCCUGGUGAAACAGUAAGUGGAGGUGAUAUUGUAAUGAUCACAAAGGACAGUCCCGAGACCAUCCCGACAUACACAGACAUCCUCCACGUCUACUCAACGGUGGAGGGGUACAUCUCAUACAGACACGACAAAGAGGGCUCCUGCUUCAUCCAGACCCUGGUUGAUGUGUUCACAGAGAGGAAAGGACCCAUCCUGGAGCUUCUGACAGAGGUGACCCGGCGGAUGGCAGAAGCAGAGCUGGUUCAGGAAGGAAAACCAAGGAAAGUGAAUCCCGAAAUCCAAAGCACCCUUCGGAAACGGCUCUAUCUGCAGUAAAAGUAGAAAGGGCAGGGAGGGGCUGUCUUUCAAGUGCUCUCUCUGACCCAUGGAUGUUUAGAGGCAGCUCCCACUACGCCCCUAAAAUCGUCUCUUCCCAAGGCCAAAUGGUAUCCAGCCCUUCUUUCAUCACAACCCUCAUACAGAUCUUCUCUCUGUCCCUGUCCCUCUUAAAGCAAGUGAGCGGAAACACAGCACAAGGCACAGCAGGAACAUUAACACUCACUUCCCUCAAGGUGAAAUUUUUACCUCUAUUAAUACAACCUUAGAGUUGUAUUAAUUGAGUUUCUGUUAACUGAGUUUCUGUUCCUAUCGCCAACGGAACCACUUGUCUUUCUCCCAUUAAUUAUACCUAUGCAAAUGUACCUGCAAUUUUAAACCUCAAGAUUUUCCACUGAUAAACCAAUGCCCACUCACCACUUCCCACCCCAAUCAAACUUUCACUGGAUCCUGAACCUCACUUCGAGUUAUAACACCUCCGCCUGAGAACCAUAUCCAUUGCCAUCUCCCAGAGAUUCCCCUCCCAGCCCCUGGAAAAUUAGUAAGACAAGAAUCAUUCUUUCCAACACUCCUCUUCCUUGGCAAGUUGGUACCUUGACAUCAUUCUCCUUUCAGCUCAUGGGCUCUCUCUGGCUAAUAUAGCUGCUUCAUCUUUUUCUGAGCCUCACUCUACUAAUGAACUCUCCCCAAGGCCUUGGGCUCUGCCUUCUUCCCAAGAAAAUCCAUCCAUUUAUUUUUUCUCAAGUCUUCAACUUUUAACCACUCUGAAUCAGGGAAUGUUGGAGCUAUGGCAAAUCCUUAGUGUCACCCUGUUAUUUUUCAGAUGCUGUGGUAGAGACCCAGAGAGCUUAAAAGGCUUGUCAAAUGCCACACAGCAGGGCACCUGGGUGGCUCUGUUGGUUAAGCAUUUGGCUCUUGGCUUUGG